AUGGAUGCAAAGCACCCAGCUGCGCAACCUACGGGUCAUGCAGCAGCCUACCAUUCCAAACGCCCGCAGGAGAUCUCCAUCCAGGGCUUUCGCAUCUCCACCCAGAAGCUACCCAUCUUGAAAGCAGAUCCGAUCGAGGAGAUGACCAAAAAUCUUGGUAUUACACCGCCAGAAAUGAUAUUCGGCGACAACUAUGUGAUGAUUGAGCACGAAAAGAGUGGCUGGGGCAUCAAUUUCAAUUCAUUCGAUGCUCUGGACCGCGUGGACAAGACUGGACAGUCGAUGCUACAAGUGGCGUAUUCGAAGGAAUGGCAGAAAAGCAGGGAGAAAACACACGAGGGUAUCAAAGAAAUCGUGAAACCAUUCGACUGGUCUUACAGUACCGAUUACAAGGGUACUUUAAGUCCCAAAGCACAGCCGUUCACAGAAACCGAUAAGCCUAUCCCCAUCGAACUUCUAAUGCGUCCCGAUCCGAUUCUUUUCUUCGAUGAAGUGGUUCUCUAUGAAGACGAACUGGCAGAUAAUGGAAUUGCCAUGCUGUCAUGCAAAAUUCGAGUGAUGCCAGGACGCCUGCUUCUCUUGACCAGGUUUUUCAUGAGAUUGGAUAAUGUUCUGAUUCGUCUCCGGGACACUCGGGUUUAUGUGGAUUUUGAGACUCAAGAGAUAAUCCGAGAAUAUCAGUCAAAGGAGUCCGAGUACGAGAAAGUGAGACAGAUUCUGGCGAGCACCCGAGAUGACGUCCCAGCAUUGAUGCGAGAUGCCAAUAAACUUUCGGAGGUCUUGCCUGUGGUUGAAAAGCGAUGUGAACGAGUGGUUUUAGAUAAUUGA